UUGUAUUCAAAUGAGCUGCCUGGCCGGACAUAGGCGGGCCAAUCAGAGUCCAUCCUAUCAUCACACCUUCUUUCCAGAAAUCAUUCAUAAUGCCGAUGCGUCAAACACUCACAGAGGAGCCGGCUAUAAAUACGGCUGCGCGCAACGCACAGUUAGACAUUUUCCCCAAAUCAAACGAAAGAGACAACUGAGCAAGAUCCGGAAUCCGGCGUUUACCUUUGAUUCUUCUUUCUACCUUGCUCCACAUUUUUAUUCUAUAUUUAGUAUCCAGCUCACUAUGUUGACCAUGGGUGGAUUAUAUUUGCAGCACGUCGUGGUGGCAGCGUUGUGCUCCUUGCUGGCCACAGGCACGUUAGGGUCCCCGGUGUUGGGGCCAGAGCCGAUCCGAUGCGCCCCGUGUACUCCGGAGAAGCUGAGCCUGUGUCCAGCGGUGGCGCCCGGCUGUGCAGAGGUGCUUCGGGAGCCGGGCUGUGGAUGCUGCCUCGCCUGCGCUCUGACUGCUGGGGAGCUGUGCGGGAUCUACACGGCGCCGUGCGGUUCGGGACUGAGGUGCACCCCGAGACCCGGCGACCCCCGGCCACUGCACUCCCUCACCCGGGGACAAGCCGUGUGCACUGAGAGCACAGAGCCAACGUCCACUCCCGAGCCCCAGACACAAGAUCAGGGAGAGCCAGAGACGGAGAUGGAGAACGCAGCUAUCAUCUCGGACCUCGGCUCCAGUCACUACCUCACCGGCCACACUAAGCCCUACGACCCACGGGCAGCUGCGGACGCUCAGGACAGCAUGAAAGCCAAACUCAUCGCCAACCGCAAGAAACUGGUCGAACAGGGUCCCUGUCACAUUGAGCUGCAGAGAGCUUUGGACAAAAUUGCUAAAUCCCAGCAAAAAUUAGGAGACAAAUUAACCAGAUUCUACCUCCCUAACUGUGACAAACGAGGGCUCUACAAACCCAAACAGUGUGAGUCCUCUCUUGACGGACAGAGGGGUCGAUGCUGGUGUGUCAACUCCUGGAACGGGAAGAAGAUUUUAGGUUCGACUGACCUGCCAGCAGAAGCCGAGUGCCCUAAAGAGAUCAACCACUGAUGCAGAUCUCACAAAGUAGAAGAAGAACGAGAAAGCCACUGUUUUUUCCCCUUAUUUUGAUAGCUGUUUAUUUAUUGAUCUCGUCCAUGGUGGUGUUUAAUUCAGGUACACUGUCAUCGAGGGACUGUUGGUCCCAGCCACCCUGAUCCCCUCCCCCUUCUUCUUCAAACACCUGUCCCAAAGAGGAAAAAUCUUUUUUUUCUGAAAAGGAGAUUUUUUAAUAUUGAUGCAUUUACUUUGACUCUUCAGCCUUAUUUAUUUCCAUUUUAUUUCAUUUUAUUUGUAAUUAUUUCAUGAGUAUUUAUAUCUUUUUUUGCCUUAUUGUUAUUAUAAUAUUAUUAUUUUUAUGGGUGUAUAAAGUGUAUAUAUGUAUCUUGGCCCUGAGUAACUCCACUGCUGAGUUGAGCUCGCUCUACCCUUAAGGAGUUGUCUGGAGGUUUGGUUUGUGACAAAAUCAAGCAAGAACAAGAAGCACUGAGUGACCAAAUGUCAUUUAGAAGUAUUUCUAAAUGUUGUGUUUAUGAUUCUUUUUCACAUUGCUGCCAUUUUUGUCUUUUUUUGUUGUUGUUUUUUUUACUGAUGUGACACAUGAUCAGAAUGCAAAACUCUCAGUUGGGAAUCCUUACAACAGUCUCAGAAAACAUUUCCCAUGAUUCCAUGGGGUUACAGAUAGCAUGACAGGUUGGUGCUUUUCCGCGCUGCCUCUCAGACGGGUAUUUCUACAUUAACCUACCUCCGAUAUUUAUGUGUCUGCUGUCAGUUGUGUUGAUGUAUAUGUCAAAAAAAGACUUGCUGUUUUACUUUGUGUUGCUGUUCUCUCUGACCAAGAACACAUGACCACAAUGAGCGAGUCCCGCAAUGAACCCUGCGGCUCGCCUCCAUCCACAUGCUGCUGUUGGAGAGAGAAAUAUUGUUUAUGUGAGUCUAUUCCAAAGUGACUAACUGCUCACUCGUGUGUAUGUACACUUUUGUAAUUGAGAUGUAAUGUAAGAAAAAAAAGGUGAUAUAUUUAAUAAAAACAUUAACCUCA